AUGAACUUUGCGAGGGUAGUGAUUCAGAAGUUCAGUCGCUCUUUUCAUUCCACAAGAGAAUUCCGCGAUUGUCAUCAUCGCAUUUCCUCGGCUAUCGCAACCCACUCUCCACAACGGCUUCAGGCGAGCCACAAUAAUUGUCACCAUCACCACAACCUUUCAGGGAAUCUCACAACUUCUUGCCGCCCCCUUUCAUCAACCGCUGCAUCAUCUGCAGGCGCGACCAUCAUGUCUCCAUUCGCUUCUUCGAAUUCUUACCACCCAGAUCGGUUGGCGACUGUUCUGACUCAGAACAAGGAGUGGGCGACAAAAACAGCCCAAGAGCAUCCAGAUCUCUUCCCAACCCUUGCGACCGGCCAAAGUCCUGAAAUUGUGUGGAUCGGAUGCUCCGACUCACGAUGCCCUGAGACGACGCUCCUUGGCCUGAAGCCUGGCGAUGUCUUCGUCCACAGGAAUAUCGCCAACAUCCUUCACCCAACCGAUCUCAGCUCGUCUGCCGUCAUUGAAUAUGCCGUAAAACAACUUAAAGUCAAGCACAUCGUUCUGUGCGGACACACUAGCUGCGGAGGCGUGGCGGCUGCACUAGGAAAUAAGCAGCUUGGGAUUCUGGACCCAUGGCUGCUCCCACUGCGACAGAUUCGUGAACAACAUCUGGACACUCUCCAGUCUCUUUCAACUGAGGAGCGGGCACUGAAGCUGACCGAACUGAACGUAUUGGCUGGGGUCAAGGUAUUGAAGCAGAAGAGCGCCGUGUUGGAUGCUAUUCAAGAGCGCGGUCUGUGCGUGCAUGGUCUGAUAUAUGAUGUGGCUAGUGGGAUGCUGCGGGAGUUGGAGACGGGAGAGCCGGACGAGGUCAACAAGGCGCGACUGGAAUUGUUCAAAUUAGUGGCAUAG